AUGGGGCGGCAUGGCAGAAAGAAGCGCAAGGGAGGGGGUGAAUGGGGGAAAGGCGCGGGGGAGGCGGUGGGCGGACGGGGUGGCGGAAGAGGCGAGUGGGGAAGGGGAGGGGGGGGUGAAGCAGGGGAGGGGGCGGGGGUUGGGGGAGGGGCGGAACGGGAGAGCGGCCUGGGGGGAGGUGCGCGGGGUAGGAGCGGGGUAGAUGGGGGAAGAGGGGGGGGGUGGGGUAGAGAAGAAGGAUGGGGAAGAGGGGAGGGCAUGGAGGGAAGGGGGAGAGGCGGCAGGUGGGAGCAUGGUGGCAGGGGCUGGGGGGGAGGCGGAAGGAGAGGCGGAGGUCGAGGAAAGGGAGGAGGCGGAGGUAGGAGCGGCAGUUUUGCUGGUGCUGCUGCUGCUGCUGCUGCUGGUGCUGCUGCUGCUGCUGCUGCUGGUGCUGCUGCUGCUGCUGCUGCUGGUGCUGCUGCUGCUGCUGCUGCUGGUGGUGGUGGUACCACUAGUGGCGGUGGUGAGGACAAGGCAGAAAUCACCUGCCUUCCACUCGGAGCGGGGCAGGACGUGGGGAAGAGCUGUGUGGUGGUGCGGGUGGGAGGUAGAGUGGUCAUGUUCGACUGCGGUAUGCACAUGGGCUAUCAGGACGCGCGCCGCUUCCCCGCCUUCCCCCGCCUGCGCGCCUUCAGCAACGGGCAGCACCCUCAGUGGCAGAGGCAGGAUGGGGAGCAUGUGGACUACACGGGCAUCAUUGACUGCGUCAUCAUCACCCACUUCCAUUUGGACCACUGUGGAGCGCUGCCCUAUUUCACGCAAGCCUGCGGCUACCAGGGUCCUGUCUACAUGACUGUCAGUGCCUUGCCUCCCGCUCUGCUACGAGUUUUACCCCACCAAGGCCCUCGCCCCGCUGAUGCUGGAGGACUAUCGGCGCGUGGCGGUGGAGCGGAGGUGCUGCUGCGGGCGCUCCCAUUCCUCCCCCCCACUCUCUCAUGUGUCCUUGCACCUCUUUCACCACUCCCCACUCCCCAGUACCCCACCAAGGCGCUGGCCCCUCUGAUGCUGGAGGACUAUCGGCGCGUGGCGGUGGAGCGCAGGGGCGAGGGCGAGGAGGGGCUGUUCUCCAGUGCGGAUAUCACUGCGGCCGUGGGCCGAGGUGAGGGGGACGAGAAGGCAGGAGGCAGGGGAUGCGGGGGGGCAGUGAGGGGCAGGUGCGGGUCCGUGAAGGGAGGUGGCCGUUGGGCGAGGUCAGCGAUCCCGGUGGACAUCCACCAGAGCAUUCAAGUGAACGAGCACAUCACCAUCACCCCCUACUAUGCCGGCCAUGUGCUGGGAGCAGCAAUGUUCCACGUGCAAGCGAGCAAUGGGGCGUCAGUGCUUUACACUGGUGAUUUCAACAUGGCACCUGACAGGCACCUGGGAGCAGCCAGGGUGGAUCCGCGCCUUCGACCCGACCUCAUGAUCUCCGAAUCUACCUACGCCACGACCAUCCGCGAGUCCCGGCGCAGUCGAGAAGCAGACUUCCUGUCGCGCGUGCACACAUGCGUGGCAGCACGGGGCAAGGUGCUCAUCCCAGUGUUUGCCAUGGGGCGAGCGCAGGAGCUGUGUGUGCUGCUGGAUGAGUACUGGCACCGCAUGGGGCUGGAUGUACCCAUCUACCUUAGUGCUGGUAUGUACCCAUCUACCUUAGUGCUGUGCUGGUAUGUACCCAUCUACCUCAGUGCUGGUGUGCACCCAUCUACCUUAGUACUGGUGGGGGGUGUGAGUGGCACUGGCAGGGAGGCAGGUGCUCAUUCCAGUUGCGAGCCCUGCCCUGGCCUGCCUUUUCCCCUCUCUCCUCCUCCUCACCCUCUCUCACCCUCCCCGUCGAUCCCUCUCCUCCACACUCACUCCCCCUCCCCUCCACACUCACUCCCCCUCCCCUCCGCACUCACUCCCUCUCUCCUCCUCCCAGGCCUCACCUCCCAGGCCACGGUGUUCUACAAGACUUUGCUGACGUGGACCAAUCAGCACAUCCAAUCAGCACAUGCCAACCGCAACAUCUUUGACUUUCGACAUGUGCGGCCAUUCGACCGGGCCCUACUGGACGCCCCGGCGCCCAUGGUGUUGUUUGCCACGCCCGGCAUGCUCUCAGGGGGGCUCUCCCUGCAGGCCUUCAAGGCCUGGGCGCCCCACCCCUGCAACCUGCUCGUGCUGCCCGGAACCUUGUUUGCUCUCGCUACUCGACCGCAUCCGCCCCACACUAACUUGGCAAUGCCGCCCUUAGCCACGCCAUACACGUGCAGAGUGGAGAUGGGGGCACCCUUCGACCACCGAAGCAAGGCCGUCUGCCCCAUGCUAGAUCCAAUUUCAAUAAUCCCAUUUCACUUUCUCAACUCUUCUUACCCUCUUGCUCCUCUCUCCCUCCCUCCUGCCGCCCGCGGGUCACCCUCUGCCGCCCAGGUUCUGCAUGGCCGGCACAGUGGGCGGCAAGAUCAUGGCCAUGGCCUCCGCCAAUGCCUUUCUUCCUCCCUCCUGCUGCCCGCGUCUCCCCUUCUCCCUCCCAGGUUCUGCAUGGCGGGCACGGUGGGCGGCAAGAUCAUGGCCAUGGCCUCCGCCAAUGCCGCCGCUGCUGGUGGUGGUGGGGGGGGUGAGGGUGGUGGGGAUGGUGGAAGAGAAGGGGGAGGGGGAGGCGGAGGGAGGGUAGCCGUCGACCAGAGCACGCAAGUGGUGGUCAACUGUCAGGUGCAUGUGCUCUCAUUCUCCCCACACACUGAUGCGAAGGGCAUCACCGACCUUAUCCGCCACCUGGCGCCGCGCCACGUCAUCCUGGUGCAUGGCGAGCGUGCGAAGAUGGCGCAGCUACGGGACAAAAUUGCCGACCAGAUGGGUAUCCCCUGCUUCACACCGGCCAAUCACGAGACAGUUAGGGUGCCUGCGACGGUCACUCAAAAUGUUACUGCUCCACCUGCAAUGGUGGUUGCUGAUGGCUUGACAGGGAAUGGCACAAUGGGGUGUGGAGGGGAGGAAGAGUUUGAGGAAGGAGAUAAGAACCUUCGCGUAUCUUGCGCGUCGUUCACGUCGUUCUUACCCCGGGCCCACCAGCGUUCCUCGACACGCUGGCUGCGCGCCAUGUAUUCCCGUUUAGCCUGCAGAGCAGCACGCAGGCGAGGGUUGCCGCUCGUCGACACAUUUUUUAGGGUUUCGUCUCCUCCGAGCCUCGUAGAUAGCAUCACCACCUGCUGCCAUACACAACCGCCGCAGAUCGCUGCGAAUCUAGCCGGAUCUUCCUGGUUCGGCGCGCAGCGGUGGUAUUCGUCGGAUCGCGGCGGCGAUGGCGGCCGUGAGGAGAAUGACGUGGUGAUCAUCGGCGGAGGGCCCGGCGGUUACGCGGCGGCGAUCCGCGCGGCGCAAGUGGGGCUGAAGGUGACGUGCGUUGACAAACGCGGGCGGCUCGGAGGCACGUGCUUCAACGUCGGAUGCAUCCCCUCUAAGUCCUUGCUGGAGUCAUCGCGCAAGUUUUACGAAGCGAAGCACUCUCUAGCGCAGCACGGCGUGCGGGUGGACGGCGUGUCAGUAGAUCUGGCGGCGAUGAUGGCGCUCAAGGCGGACGCCAUAGAAUCCCUCACGUCGGGCGUCGAGCGCAUGUUCGAGCAGCACCGCGUUAACUACGUCAAGGGCGCGGGCCGCAUCACAGGCACGCACGAGGUCACCGUGAGCCUCCUAGACGCGGACGGGCAGGUCGGGCAGGCGAAAAAAGUCCUCUCGGCGAAGAAUAUCAUCAUCGCGACGGGAUCAGACAUUCGGCAGGUGCCCGGGGUCCCGAUCGACGAGAAAAAAAUCGUUUCGUCGACCGGCGCUAUGUGCCUUGAGAAGGUUCCGGAGAAGAUGCUGGUGGUGGGCGGCGGGGUGAUCGGACUCGAAAUGGGGUCCGUAUGGAGUCGCCUGGGCGCGGACGUGACUAUACUGGAAUUCGCGGAUGGCAUUGGCGGGUACAUGGACAACGAGAUUCGGCAGGCGUAUCACCGCAUUCUCGAAUCCCAGGGGUUGAAAUUCCUCCUGGGGACGAAGGUGGUGCGCGGGGACGCGUCAGGAGAAGGCGUGGUGCUGCAGGUAGCGCCGGCGAAAGGGGAGGGCGAGGCGCGGGAGGUUCACGCUGACGUGGUGAUGGUGGCGGCAGGGCGCGUGCCUUGCACGAACGGGCUAGGUUUAGACGAGGUGGGCGUGAAACGAGACAUGAACGGGCGGAUAUUCGUGGAUAGCCAUUUCAGGAGCACGCGGCCUACUGUGUAUGCCAUAGGGGAUGUGAUUCCAGGACCCAUGCUUGCGCAUAAGGCAGAGGAGGAUGCGAUCGCGUGUGUGGAAAACAUCAUGAACGGGCACGGGCAGGUGAAUUAUGCGACGGUGCCCGGGAUUAUUUACACGCACCCGGAAGUGGCGAUGCUGGGUAUGACCGAGGAGGAGCUGCAGGCGACGGGGAUGGAGUAUACUGUGGGUAAAUUCCCCUUUAAAGCGAACAGCCGGGCGCGGGCGAUGGGGGAGGUGGAGGGGUUUGUGAAAAUUCUGGCGGAUAAGGAGACGGAUUUGGUGCUGGGGGCGCAUAUACUGGGGCCGAGCGCGGGAGAACUGAUCAUGGAGUGUGUUCUGGCCAUGGAGCAUGGGGCGACCACGCUGGAUCUAGCUCGCACAUGCCAUGCUCACCCCACGCUCACAGAGGCUGUCAAAGAGGCCGCUUUGGCUGCCCAUGGCAAACCCAUUCACUCGUGA